UGUUGCUCAACCGCGCGCGCGGUGCCGUUUGACAGGAGGGUGGCCGCCAGCGACGGCGGCCGCUUCCUGCCGGGGCGGCCGCUGGGUCAGCCAGCCGCCGACGGGGUCAAGCGGCGCUCGCCAAAUCGCCUCAUUACGCCAAUUACCGUGCUGAAUGGCGAGCCGAAUCGAGCCAGCUAAGUCAGUGAUGUAAAAGCCACUUGAGAUAUCGCAGGGGGCGGCUGAUCGCCUCUUGAUGUGCAUCUCGCUGGACCAGAAAUCUGCUCAGUUGCAUCCUCCCUGCGACACAAUGAACAACAAGAGUCAGUUGGCGUUGCUGGCCAUCGUUCUUGUGGUCACCUCCAACAUUCGAACAGGAAGUGCAUUGCGAUGCUGGGUGUGUUCGAGCCUUGUGGAUGGCGUCUGCGGAGAUCCAUUUAAUUCGAGCAUUUCCUCUCAUACAACUGAAUGUGCGCCCCCACGGCGCCAACACAGCUCUUAUAGCAACAGCCCUUUCCAAGCCGAUGGUAUCAGUCACGUUUGCAAGAAAGUCAUCCAGCGAGAAAACGGCGCACUGACAGUGGUACGUUCGUGUGGCUACGAGAAACAUCCUGGAGAGGCGUGCGGUGAGGAGACGCAUGAUCGGCGUAUCUCUGCACGCCACCACCGCGACGACGUCAAAUUCUGCGAGGUUUGUCGCGAAGACGGCUGCAAUACGGCCACCACCUUGUUCUCCUUACUGACCAGCCUGCUCGCCUCUGCGGGGGUGGUGCUACUUAUCAUUCUCGGAUAAAUGAUUCAUUUUUAAUCUCAAUAAAUUUUAUUUAAAUAAAAUUUUUAUCAAAAACUAACUUAUUUGCAUUUGUUUUAAAUUAAAAUAUUCUCAGGGAUCAUAUAGAUGUUAUAGAAGAUUUUCAAAAAUGUGUAGUGCCUUUACCAAUAAAUUCGUUCUACCUUAUCUA